AUGGCUAAGCUACUGCUCAAAAUACCAAGCAUCGAAAUCAACUCAAAAGACCCCGAACAACGGACUCCCCUUUUAUGGGCAGUAAUAAGAGGCAAUAUUAGUAUGGUGCAGCUGUUACUUAGGACACCCGGCGUGAAGGUCAACGCACGAGACAACAAUGGACGGACUCCUCUCUCAUGGGCAGCAUCGUUAGAUUUGUACCACAUAGUUAAAGAGCUACUCCUAAUACCACACACGGAUCCAAACCUGGAAGACUAUAAUGCAAAUACGCCGCUUUCAUGGGCACUGAGGACAGCCAGGCCGAAAACUAUAGAGGUGCUCAGAAGUCACACGCGUCACGGAUAUGAUAUCGAUCUAUAG